UUUUUUCUUUUAUUAUUUCAAAUUUUCUAACUGUUAUUUUAAAGAUUAAGCAAUGCAACCAGUUCCGGAGAGGUUGCAAUGUGAAAAUCCGCAAGAAUGUGAGGAAUGGUAUAACUUAUUUAGAGCGUUUGAUAUAGACAAUGAUGGUUAUAUACCUGCAGAAGAAUUAAAAUAUUCUGUUCGUACAACAGCUCGUGCCUUUGGAUUAGACAGAGAAGAAGCAGAUUUUUUAAUUGCUGGAAUUGAUUCAAAUAAAGACAAUUUUGUUGAUUUUCCUGAAUUUACUGUUUUGGUACUUUUAAUUUAA